UGUUGGUCUUUCACAGUUGGUGACGAGUAUUAUGAAAAUGGCCUCAACCCUACCCGUGAGCACGAAUAACCGGAGAAGAUGACGACGCUGAGCUUUUCAAGUCGGUUGAACACCAAAGUGUCUUCUUUGAACACCCAUAUAGCAGUGAAGUAAACAAAAACAAAGGGACUCUCGGCAAAGAAACGCCUAAAAAUACCCCUGACCACCGCAUAUUUUCGUAGGGCUGAGAGGAGCCACUAUGGAGGAUAUCAACUCUAAUAUCAACGCGGACUUGGAGGUGCGGAAGCUCCAGGACUUGGUGAAGAAACUCGAACAACAAAACGAGCAGCUCCGGAGCAGGUCUACGAUGUUGUCUUCGUCCGGACCGAUGUCAGGGAACCACAGACCCCUGAGCGCCGGAUACGACUCGUCGUCCCUGUCAGCAGGGAUGGCAGCCGGUCUGGCCGGCUUCCCUGGGGUGGGGUUCGCUGGAACGGGCGGCUACGGUGGGCUGUUGGAGAACAACCGCUGUUUAAACCCCAGACUUUCUUAUGACGGCAUCAGUUUCAGGAGGGCGUAUGAGGGUGAGGGGGCAUCUGCUGCCACCUCUUUAUCGAGUAUGAACUCAUUUUAUUCAGACACUAGCAGGGGCUUCACGGAUGAAGGGGAAACCUCAAUUCUAGAUGAAGUGGAAAUCUUAGAUCUGGAAGACAUGGACUGUCUAAACGAAGACGAGGACAGCUGGUUAUAUGAGGCAAAGCUGAACAGUCCCCUGCAAAAAGCCUUGAGUCCUAUCGUGUGGUGCCGCCAAGCUCUGGACAAUCCGAGUCCCGAGAUGGAAUCAGCCAAGCGCUCCCUCAUACACAGACUGGACCUCACCAUGUCAGCCAACAAGCGCCGGAGCUUGUAUGGAAGUCCGUACAACCAGCAGAGUUAUGGAAGUCCUUAUAGCACAAAUGCAGCCAACAGCCCUUACAGCAGUGGCUUCAACUCCCCCUCCUCAACCCCAAGCAGAGUGCCCAUCGUGCGACAGCAACUAAUGCCCAGUAACGCAAUUCAUCAGAGAAACUCUGCAGCAGAGAGGAAUCCUCCUGCAGUUAGUCCGCAGUCAUCGGUGGACAGCGAGCUGAGCACGUCAGAAAUGGAUGAGGACUCAGUGGGAUCCUCAACGACCUAUAAACUCAAUGAUGUCACUGAUGUCCAGAUAUUGGCACGCAUGCAGGAAGAGAGCUUGAGACAGGAAUAUGCUGCAACAGCAUCCAGACGGAGCUCGGGUUCAUCCUGCCACUCCCUGCGGCGCAGCACCUUCAGUGACCAGGAGCUAGAUGCUCAUAGUCUGGAGGACGACGAGGAGGCGGUGCACCCGGCCUUUCACCUGCCCUCCAACCGUUUCAGCCCCUCCCCUCGCCACUCUCCCCGUGCAUCCCCGAGAAACUCUCCCCGCUCGCGCUCACCUGCUCGUUCCAUCGACUAUAGCCACAGCCGGGGUUCUCCUCAGCCCAUCAUCAGCCGCCUGCAGCAGCCUCGUCACUCGCUGCAGAGCCACGGGCAUGACCUUCAGACUAAUGUGGUGAAAAAUGAAGAAAAACUGCGCCGAAGUCUUCCUAAUCUUACACGCACCUCGGUGGCCGCGGCAGUUCAGGCUCCAGAGCCCGUGAAGAACAGUCGCAGCUGUGAGUCCAACCUGCAAGUGCCAAACGGCGGCUCCCCCCGACACCAGAGCCAAUCUGCCACAGCACCUCAGCUCCCGAAAUACUUGACCCCUUCUCGCACCUCACUGAAACCCAAACAGCAGCUCCAAAGCCCCACUGCCCUACGAGUUCCAUCUCCCAGUAAACUACGGACUCCUGCCACCCCAUCACCACUAGCCUUGCGGCAACCGGUAAAGGCCACAUCUACCCCCAAUUCUGCCACCUCCACCCCCACCCGCUCCCUAGCUCCUCCGCGCAGUGGCCUGCCCCGACCUAGUGCUUCUACAGGAGGAGGAGGAGGAGGAGGCGGUGGGAUCCCUCUGCCUCGCAGCAAACUGGCCCAACCCGUGCGCAGGUCCCUUCCUGGUCCGCGGACUUACAGCGGCGGCGGUGAGAACUGGAGAGAAGGUUGUUACUAAGGCGGGCCACCAGGGGGCUCUCCAGUCAAAACUAUCAAUAAAAGGAGGAAAUAUUUUAACAUGGCACUUUAUCUACCUAGAUAACUCUUAUAGUUCAGAAAGACCAAGCCCCCAAAAAUACAUUUGAUUAAGAGUUUAAAAAAGAAAAAGGGAGAGGACAGAGUCCACAUUGUGUCAAAGAGGACCUCUCAUUGUGUCUCUCUGUGGGGACUGGCUCUGGAGGGGUCAGGCAUGUAGUGCAGACAGCCCAGAAGAUGCCAAAGAAACCAGCCCGACUCCAGCGCCCCCAUCAGAGGACACGUCACCUGCCUUUGGUUCAACUGCAGUCAUCCGUGAGACUGUCCAUAUCUCCACAUGCCCAGCUUUCCUCCCCUCCCCCUCCUCCUCGUCCUCCUCCCCCCUGUUCUUCUUUCACUUCCCUCAGGUUGAAAUGUUUCCACGCAUUUCUCUCUUUAUGCUCUGUGUUUAACAGAUGUCGGUGAGCGAUCUCUAUGAUGAUGCUGUGCAGGUGAACUGUCCCGUAACGUUAGAGAAUUGUUGAUGUCUUGAAACAGUGAAAGCACCUCUUGUGUGGGUUUGACAUUUAAGAAUCUUUCCUCUUUGUAAAAUCAGCCAGAAUGUAUGCACAAGUUUGUUUUGGAAAAUUAUUUAUUCAAAAUUAUUUAAGAAGUGUACAUCCAAACAUCCAUAUCAGUAUUUUGUUUUAAAAUUUCAGUUGUUUAAAAUGUACGUUUUGAACCUCAACUGCAAAGCUAACUUUCCAAAGCCUUUUUUUGUUUGUUUGUUUUUGUUUUUAAAGUGUCAAACCGGGUGAUUAAAGACAUCCCAGCCAAAGCCUCAGUUCUGACUCGUACCACAGUUUUGCCAAGAUUAUACUUUUCCAUUUAAGUGCUUAAAGUGGUCUGUUCAAGAACAGGGGCCAGUCUCACAAAGACGACUCAGUUCUAAAACCGUGUGUAAAAGAUGGAUUUUUGGUAAGCUGACAGCUAACGCUAGCAUUCGUACAGCUCACAGAUAUACCUGCUGCUUCAGAGAGGAGGAACAGAGUAAUUCAACACUAGAAUUUUAAAAUGCACUAAAGCUACAAACAGCAGGUAGGUUCAGUUCAAUGACUCUGAUUAGCAAAUGUGCAGUCUGCUCCACGUGCAUGUGUCAGGAUUCAACACCCAUAUUUUAAUUUAGUUUAAAUUAGCGAGUUAAAUUGGGGGGUGGGGGGGGAAGACCCCAGGAGACUAAAACUAAGCUGUAGCUGUUUGUGCAACUUUAUGCGUAAACAAACCAAAACAAAAAAAAAACCAACCAAAACACAUGGUUCACCAAAGUGCUUUCCAAGACGGCAAAAAAAAAAUAU